AUGACGACAGCUGUCAUACCCCAUGCAUGCAAUGCAAAUGCAUUCCCCAGUCUGGUGAAAUUUUCAAGUCGCCAAGGGCGGAAAGUUCAGCUUUUAAGGUAAGCGAUUCCAUAAUAAUUCUAUACGCAUUCUUGUUUCGCAUCUUGUUUGACUGCUAAUAGGAAGGGGUUUGCGUUGGUUACCCCUGGCCCUGACUUGGAAAUGUGUAUCUCCUCUCAAAUUUAGUAGCAAUUUGAAUAGAACAUUGCUGCGAAACAUCAUACAAUGUAUAUAUUCGUCCAGUGAAUAAUAUAUUUAUUCCAUUACACCAUUACUGGUACAUAGGAUAUAUUACAAUAUAACAGAUACAAUAUACAAACAAUAAAACUAUAGCUAAUUAUAUCUAUUACAUAAUUCAUCCUUAAUAGCUUUAGCUAAAUUACUAAUAUCACUUUUAGACUGAAUAUAUAUAACGCUAGACUGAUCAAAAUGACAGUAGCUAUAUUCAAAUGCGGCGCUUAUUCGAAUCCCUUUCAAUGCGACGAAUUUACGUCUUCUGAUGACGAGGAGGCAUAUCCAAAUCCAACAAUGGGCAUGCAGCAGUUGGACUCUAUGGCGUCAUAUCACCGCCAAUAUUCAUGUAUAUCAUGCUUUCGACAUUGAAGUUAAAUAGGACAUUCAGCACCUACGUGCUUUCGACAUUGAAGAUAAAUCUGACAUUGAACAUGCAGAACAUUCAACAUAUUUUCGACAUUGAAGUUAAAUAGGACAUUCAACACCUACGUGCUUUGGACAUUGAAGAUAAAUCCGGCAUUGAACAUGCAAAACAUUCAACAUAUUUUCGACAUUGAAGUUAAAUAUGACAUUAAACACCCAUGUGUUUUUGACAUUGAAGUUAAACCGGACAUUGAACAUGCCGCGCAUUUAGCACCCAUCACAACUUCAACGUUCAAAAUAUGUUGAAAAAAAUUACCACAUGUUGAAUAUUGGCGGAGUUGAACGAUAGCGUCAAAUCUCCGCCAAUAUUAAUUAAGCUAACACAAGAUAACCCCCCGGCCAAAUUCAUUCGUGUCCAGACCUCUAGAACAUAUCACAUGACGCAAGCCGAGGAUCGAAUUCGCUGCAUCUUGUUGCUGUAUUGGAGGCCGUAUAUUCACCUUAAUAUUCGCGUAUAUUCGCUUGUUUGUCUUAAAUUAAUUGACUUUUAUAGCGCAGAUUGAAUUGCUAGAGACGCAAAAAUUAUAUUUUAAAAAUUCCUAAUAAUCGCAUUAUAAAUAAUCGAUACAUUUUACUUAGAGUGUAAUUGCAAAAACAAUGCGUGCGUCAAACUGAACUUUUGCUGCGCCAGAAAGGCAGAUGGUUUUCUUUAUAUAUUAAAUCGUGAGGCCAUGUGGUGUAAUUUGAUAGUACUUGUCAAUUUAGCAUAAUUUUGCGCACUUUUCUAAGUUCCGGAUCCGUGAGCCUUUAAUAAUUUUAUUUGUCAUUUACUUAUACAACAAUUAAAAAAAUCCUACCUGUUUACAAAACUUUUGUGUUACACACUUAAUAGGUGUCUUCUUACUAAUUCAAUAACUGUUACACAAUAAAGAUUUUUGCUGUCAAUUGCACUAGAAUUAGCGUUUUAAUAAUAGCACAUAAUAGUUUCGUGAGAAAAUUUAUUUAUCUUAUACCAUAAACUUCUGAUUAUGAUUACGGGCUAGUAUAUCGAAUGGUGUGAACGUUAGUAAUGUGACGGGGUCAUAGACGUCGGGCUUAUAUUCGGGGACUUAUAAUCGGAAGUUUAUGGUAUAAGAUAAAUAAAUUUUUUCACGAAACUAUUCUCCUAGUUUAAAAAUUAAAAGGAUGUAGCCUACUAUUAUUAAAAUGCUAAUUCUAGCUAGUGCAAUUGACAGCAAAAAUCUCUAUUGUGUAACAGUUAUGGAAUUAAUAAGAAGACACCUAUUACGGUAAUUAAGUAUGUAACACAAAAGCUUGUAAACAGUAGGAUUUUUUGUAAACAGUUGUAUAAGUAAAUGACAAAUAAAGUUAUAAAAGGCUCACGGAUCCGGAAAGAAAAGUGCUCAAAAUUAUGCUAAAUUGACAAGUACUAUCACAUUACACCACAACGAUUUAAUAUAUAAAGAAAACCAUCUGCCUUUCUGUCGCAGCAAAAGUUCACGUUCACGCACGCAUUGUUUUUGCCAGUACACUCUAAAUAUUAAAAUGUAUCGAUUAUCUAUAAUGCGAUUAUUAGGAAUUUUUAAAAUAUAAUCUAAUAAAUAAAAUAAUAUCAAUUUUUAUACAUUUAAUAACAGCUGUUGACUGCAUGUUGUCUCAAUCGCUCAGCAACUUCAAACGGAGCAUCUGCCUGCAUCGCUUGCGGAAGUUAUUGCCUCUGAGUUCAUUCUACCAGAUUUUGCGUUUUUUGCGUCUCUAGCAAUUCAAUCUGCGCUAUAAAAGUCAAUUAAUUUGAGACAAUCAAGCGAAUAUACACGAAUAUUAUGGUGAAUAUACGGCCUUGAAUACAGCGACAAGAUGCGGCGAAUUCGAUCCUCGGCUUGCGUCAUGUGAUAUGUUCUAGAGGUCUGGACACGAAUGAAUUUGGCCGGGGGGUUAUCUUGUGUUAGCUUAAUUAAUAUUGGCGGAGAUUUGACGCUAUCGUUCAACUCCGCCAAUAUUCAACAUGUGGUAAUUUUUUUCAACAUAUUUUGAACCUUGAAGUUGUGAUGGGUGCUAAAUGCGCGGCAUGUUCAAUGUCCGGUUUAACUUCAAUGUCAAAAACACAUAGGUGUUCAAUGUCAUAUUUAACUUCAAUGUCGAAAAUAUGUUGAAUGUUUUGCAUGUUCAAUGCCAGAUUUAUCUUCAAUGUCGAAAGCACGUAGGUGCUGAAUGUCCUAUUUAACUUCAAUGUCGAAAUAUGUUGAAUGUUCUGCAUGUUCAAUGUCAGAUUUAUCUUCAAUGUCGAAAGCACGUAGGUGCUGAAUGUCCUAUUUAACUUCAAUGUCGAAAGCAUGAUAUACAUGAAUAUUGGCGGUGAUAUGACGCCAUAGGACUCGGACCAUGAAGUGGACAGUGACAUUGAUAUUUUGUAAACUUAUAAACAGUGGCCGUUUUUAUGCUAGAGACGCAUUAUGCGUCUGGACGCAUAAUCCGUCUUCUACAUUAUUCGUCUAGUAUAAAGACGGGACGAAUAAUACUAGACGAAUAAUGUAGAAGACGGAUUAUGCGUCCAGACGCAUAAUGCGUCUCUAGUAUAAAAACGGCCAAUGCGACGAACUAUCAACAUUUAUUGUUCGUCUGGUUAUGCGUCCUCAGUAUAAAGACGGGCACAAGACGCAUUAUGCGUCUAGACGAACUAUCAUCGGUUGUGCGUCUCUUAAGACGAAGAAUCGAACAUAGUUCGUCUAGACGCAUAAUGCGUCUUGUUCCCGUCUUUAUACUAAGGACGCAUAACCAGACGAACAACAAAUGCUUGCCCAAGUUCGUCCAGACGCAUCAUGCGUCUCUAGUAUAAAAACGGCCAGUGUAAAAACUUUCCGCCGUCAAAAUGGGAACAUUUAGUGACAAAGACAUUUAACAAACUUUUUAUUUUAUUGUUAAAAGUUCUUGUUAUAAUUCACAAGUAAAAUAUUUUUUAAAGAGCGCCGCCCCCGAUUGAGCGCCGCCCUUGAAUGAGCGCCGCAUCUGAAGCUCUGAAAAUUUAAAGAGCGCCGCGGCGCUCAAACGAGUAAACACGGUAAGCUAUUCAACUGUUAAAUGUCAUUUUGGAUAUAAUGAACAGAGAACGUCUCAAAAAUCAUGAUGCUUCUGAGUGUAUAUCCACACCGGGCAGGCUUGAUGCUAUGCCUGGCCACGGUGGGAAUCGAACCUACGACCUUUGGAAUACUAGCCCAAUGCUCAAUUAUGCAUAAUCCCCUGAGACAGGCCUGCACACGAGCGUUCCUGUCACGGCAGAAUUUCGAACACUGGAAUGAAAAAUUUAUGACGGCUUUGAUAAACAUCUAAAAUGACUUUAAACAUGCUGGAAGUGCGACCAGGAUUGAACAUAAUAUUUUUGAGACGUUGGGCUAGUUGGUAGUCUGCGCACAGACUGUCCCUCCCACCCCACCCCCCACCCCCCGUGGUGGAAGGUGUCAUCCCGUGGGGGAGCGGGAUGCAGUCUGCGACUAGACUAGCUAGUUGGCAGAGCAAUACAUAAAUAUAUUGACUGCAUAAAGGCCAAUCUCGUACCCAGAGUAUGCCUGUUUGCAGGUUAGGUCCAACACCUAACGAGAUCGCAUAAACGCCUGAUUCUACGAGCGCUUUUUUCGGUGAAAUGCGAAAAUUUCCGCGAGAAAUGAAAGGAUUUGAAAUAUUGCUUGAAAUGAUGGCGGGAACAGUUCGUGUUGUGUGCACUUAAUUUCAUGCUUGUAUAAUUCCUAUGUUUCUGACGAAUUUAUUGUCGAUUUCAGAUUACUUUUCAAAGCGCGGUUCCCAAGUUUGUUGUCAACUUGCCAAUUACGUUUCCAAAUUCGGAAGUUGGGCGGGAACUUCGCAACGAAGUUCGCAAGUUCAUUUCAAAGUUCGAACUUCGAUUGUAAACAAAUGUAAAAAUUUCAUUUAUAAAUUUAUUUAAAAAGGCAUUUUCGUCUUGGAAGACCACUGGACCAAUAUUUUACUGCAGUAAUAUGUGCAUAGGGCCUUAUGCAGUAAUUUCAACUCCAACUACGAACAUUUGUUUACAAUCAAAAUUCGAACUUUGAAAUGAACUUGCGAACUUCGUUGCGAAGUUCACGCCCAACUUCCGAACUUGACAACGUAAUUGGCAUGUUCGCAACAUUAAACUUGGGAACAGCGUGUUGAAAAGUUACCUGAAAUCGACAAUAAGAUUAUAAUAUUCUUACAAGCUACGUACAUUCUUAGAUCAUACGAAUGCUACAGUGUAAGGUUAAAGUCCAAGUCAAGUCCCAAGACGUCUCUUGUAAAUCCACGAGACGUCUCUUGUAAAUCCAAGACUAAUAUGUUAAAUUACGUAUGCCAAAUAGAUUAUUAAAUCUUUUUGGACAUUUUCAAACCGAAUCCAAUCCUUUGCGUGGCAAAUAUCGCGUAGGCAACAUGCUGCUGAAAAACAUUCCCUUCACUUCCUUCAACUUUUUUUGUCUAUUGUUUUACUAGUUUCAAGCUUCAAAUUAACACAGCGCCAAGAACGGCCAUGGGGUCAAAAAAAUUUGUCGCUUUGGCAGUAGUGGUUGUGGUUGUCAUAGCAAUAGCGGUGACGCUUGCAGUAGUGCUGACGCAAUCAUCGGACUCGUCAAGUCAGACGAGUACGGGUUUGCAUGGCGCCGUCGCUGCUGAUUCCGAGGUCUGUUCAAACAUCGGUGCUGACGUCAUGCGUGACAACGGGACGGCCAUUGACGCGGCCGUGGCAACGCUGAUAUGUCUAGGUCUUAUUCAUCCCCAUUCCGCCGGAAUUGGUGGCGGUGGAUACAUGUUGCUGUAUAAACAAUCCACCAAAACUGCUACAUAUUUGGAUUUCCGAGAAACUGCUCCCGGUGCAUCGACACCUGAUAUGUUUGUCAACAAAACAGGUGAAAGUAAAAAAGGUGGGUGUUCUUGGAGGUGGGCGGGGGUGUUCUAGUGGGAUGGGGGUGUUCUUGGGGGUGUUCUUGCUGGGCAUAUGAAGUUGAUGUGUUUGUGAAUAUAUCCGGUGAGAGUAAAGUAGGUGGGUGACUAACAUGAUGACAGGGGUAUCCCUAUCCCUGGGCGACCAUAAAAUGACCAUACAGGCUCACAUCAUGCUUCUGCUCUUCCUAGGUAAAUUAGCAGUUGCAGUGCCAGGGGAAGUACUAGCUAUGUAUAAUGCAUGGAAAACACAAGGACGGUUACCAUGGAAACGACUUUUCCAGCCAACCAUUGACCUGGCAAACAACGGCUUCAGAAUUGACAAACCGUUGGCUGUGGCUAUUAAUACGACCAAGAACGACAUCAUUAAAGAGAGAGGUUUCAAGUACGUUCACUUUAAAGCUCGUUUGCGAAAAUGCAAAUAUGGGUUCUUCAAUGGGAUCGAACCUAUGGGCCUGCGAUAUCAGUGCAGCUCUUUGACCUGUAAACUCAAGCGCCUUUCGCCUCUGAGAUCGUGGUUCGAUUCUUCAGUCAAUGCUCUGCCGAAAGUCAUGGGUUUUCUCCGGGCGGUCCGGUUUCCUCCCACAGGGAAAGUUGACAGGGUGGGUUAGGAUAAACAUAGUUUUUUUAAUCCAAAGUAAUCCAUAGUCAGUAAUUUGCAGUAUUUGGGAGAGCCUGACAAUUUUUUUUGUCUACACAGGGAGCUUUACUUCCAUGACGAUGGAACACCGCGAAAGGAAGGCGAGACGAUCACAGACCCAGUAUUUGCAAAAACCUUGACAGAGCUUGCCGAAAACCCCUUGAGUUUCUACAACGGCUCGCUCGCCAGAGAAAUGGUCAAAGACAUCCAGGACCGUGGUGGAAUACUGACAUUGGAAGAUUUGCAAAAUUUUACAGCAACAACAAGACGUGUGCUGUCGAGCUUCGUGAACGAUGACAUUUUGUACACGACGUCAGCUACAUCGAGCGGCUCUACCUUGAUAAUGAUCUUGAAUAUUUUAAAAGGUCAGUUUUCUCCGACGAAUAUUUGAACUGAGACCUCUCCCUCUCUAGGGAGAACAGUUUAGAAUUGACAGAGCUUUCUGGUAUAAAUAAAGUUUGUUUAUGGUCCUUACUGGACCUCAAGGGAGAACAGUUCAGAACUGAUAAAGUUAUCCAGUAUAAAUAAAGUUAGUUUUGUUUAGGUUUACUCGUGUAGUAACACUGAAUCGAUAAGAGAUGAUCCUUACUGGACCUCUAGGGAGAACAGUUUAGAACUGAUAGAGCUAUCCAGUAUAAAUAAAGUUAGUUUAGUUUAGGUUUCCUCCUGUAGUAACAGUGGAUCAAUAAGAGAUGAUCCUUAUACUGGACCUCUAGGAAGAACAGUUCAGAACUGAUAGAGCUAUCCAAUAUAAAUAAAUUUAGUUUAGUAAUAUUUAGUUUAGGUUUCCUCCUGUAGUAACACUGGAUCAAUAAGAGAUGAUCCUUACUGGACCUCUAGGGAGAACAGUUCAGAACUGAUAAAGUUAUCCAGUAUAAAUAAAGUUAGUUUAGUUUAGGUUUCCUCCUGGAAUAACACUGUAUCAAUAAGAGAUGAUCCUUAUACUGGACCUCUAGGCAGUGUAGAACUGUUGGUUAUUAUACACUGAACUAUAGUCAGAGUAAAUAAGGAUUAGUUUAGUUUAUCAAACUUAUGCUAUAGUAACAUAUGCUCUCUUUAUCUAGGAUUCAAGUUCACUCCAGAUUCUAUAUCCGCCAGCAAUAUCGUACAAACAUGGCAUCGUAUGAUAGAGGCAUUCAAGUUUGGCUAUGCAUAUCGACCGUUUCUCGGUGAUCCUGAUUUUUAUCCCGAAGUUGAAAAGGUUAGUGGUUAUGUAAUAGCAAUCACCAUCGUUGUCGUUGAAUUUCUUCUGUGAUAUAAUUAUAAACGCGAACGCGGUCUGUCCCAGAGGAGGUUGCUUUUACCUGGGUCGGUUUGUGUGUGUUUGUUCCAGGGCCUAUGGUUGCUCCCGGUUAAGUAUAAAAUGUAUAUAAUCUACAUUCGAAAUAUCCAAAACCCAUUCAACAGUUACCUCAAAAACUAUCAAUCAGCUUCAUGCAAAAAUUCGUGGUGCGAACACAUCCCGAUGAUACGUUUUUGAAACAUCAUCGGUAUGCACUAUGUCUGUGCUUUGACGUACGUGUGUUUUUUAAAAUUUCGUUCGUUCUUUUAGAGCAUAGAUCUUCAGGUUAAUGCUACUUAUGCCGAAACGUUACGUCAGAAAAUUUGGGACAACACUACACAUGAUUCCUUGUACUAUGGAGGAUUUUACGAUCCAAUGCUAGAUUUUGGUACGACACACUUAUCUGUUGUUGGACCUACUGGAGACGCCGUGUCUGUCACGAGUACCCUUGGAUAUUAGUAAGUUUUCUUUUUCAAAUGAAACGCACUUUUCUUGUACUGGAUUGAUCUAUCAGUUCUCAAAUUUAAAAGAGUUUCUCCUAGAGAGAUCCAUGAGUAAGGGGCCGCAUCGAUCCCUUGUUUGGGGAAUAAGUUAAGAAUUAUUCACCGAGACGCGAAGCUCAAGGUGAAUGAAUAGGGAGUUUACGAUCUGCGACGCGGCCGGCUCAACGACACGGUCUAAAUUUUAGCUCAAGAAUGAGCGCUAAGCAAUUCGAUUACUGUAAUAAAUAUUUGACUCUUUCAAAUAACCUUACAAAAUGCUACGUCCGGCUAAAGCGAUGCAAUGUUUGCUGUAAUUUCGACUUUUAGCCGGUAACACCUCUUGUGUCGCAUUAAGCUUUCGCGUUGCCUGAAAGACGUAAUAAUGCUUUUUUAACGUUGUGUUGAGAAUGACAACGCGGUUGACAAUACUCAUGAGACCACAAAUUAUUGACAGUUUUUGUCUUGCAUGACAAAUUUCUUUGUAAGUUCUUUGUAGGUUUGCAUGGCGAUAAAACACAUAAUACUAUUGUUUGUGGAAACACCAAAUUUCUUUGUUUUGAAAGCGCGUCGUCGAGCCGGCCGCGUCGUAGAUCGUAAACUCCCUAAUAUCGAUGCACUGUUUACCGACACUGAGGUGAAAAAUUGUUUCAGCCAAGGCCAUAACUAACCCUUGAUGGCCAGGCGGGGGGAUGGAGGGUGCAAAAAAAUUCGGAAAGUUUUAUCAUUUUCUUGUUAAUUAACAAGUUGUCAGUGACAGUUUUGUAGCAACUUGAUAAAAUGACAACUCUGUUACAUAAGUCGUGUUGACAAGCUUGCAACAAGCCUGUUGCGAACACAACAAGCCAGUUUCUUGUUGUCAAGAUGUGACAUUGUACCUACGGGCUGGUGCUUGCCCGGUUUUUAUGUAAAGAAAUUUUUUUUUUAUUAGAAAUCUUUUGUGAAAUUAACUUUGAAACAAAUGAUAGCGAUAUUAAUUUUAUUUUAUUACAACGACGUUUCGAUGCUUCUUGCAUCAUUUUCAAGUUAAAAAUAAGAAUUACUCGUGUUUUGCUUUAAUUAUAACCACAGAGUAGAUAAGACAUACAGAGACGUAACUGACCGUUGUAAACACUGCGGAAGAUUACGUUAUCAUGUACCCACUUUUUUUCAGGCGACCGGGCGAAAAAUGAUCAACUGCGCGUGCUCAGCAAGUUUAAAGUGAGUCGUCAUCAGGUCGUCAUCCAAUCAGAUGCAUGCAUCUAGUAACUUGCCGAGCAUGCGCACAAAAAAAGUGGGUACACUAGUUACGUCUCUGUAUGUCUCUACCAUUGAACUAUAAAUAAACUGGAAGGCUAACUCAGGGGGGGAAAUUGAAGCCAGUGUAUUUUAGUUUUUCUGAGUUAUGAGCGGAAAUACUCAACACUGAACGUUCGGCUAUAUAUCAAAUUGAAGCUAUUGAAAAACGCUAUUUGGUGUAGAAGUUUCAAGACUUUAGCUAAAAGGGAAAUAUUGAAAAAUUACAAACAUAAUUACCGAAAAUUUGCCGUUUUGCAGUUGUUUUUGUAUUUUUUAAAUAUUUUUCUUUUCGCUGAAGUCUUGAAAUUUCCACACCGAAUAGCAAUUUUCAAUAGCUUCAAUUUGAUAUAUAGCACGACGUUUGGGGUAAAGUAUUUCUGCUCAUAACUCAGAAAAACUAUCCUGGCUUCAUCAAAUCAUAGGCCUUCAUCAUAGCAGUUAGCCUUCCAGUUUAUUUAUAGUUCAAUGGUCUCUACUCUGUGUCUCUACUCUGUGUUAUAACGGUCCGCGUGUUCGUGUCACGUAAACAAAUAAUUGCGCAAGCAUGCAGAAUUUUUACUAAAUGCGCAAGACAAAAAAUACUAAAAUAUUAAAAACAAACAAUAAAACAUUUAACUAUUUACACAUAAGACAAACACAACAAAAAUAAAAUUAAUAUCGCUAUCAUUUGUUUCAAAGAAAAUUUUUUUGUUUCGGGAAUUACUAUGAAAGAUGGCGCCCUCGUUCAACUGGACUCGUAUAAACAGUCCUUUAACUUUUCAUUUUGUCUCUUUAACAGUUUUGGUGCGAGGCUUCGUUCGUAUAAGACAGGCAUCGUUUACAACAAUCAUAUGGCUACGUUUUCUUUACCAAACAUAUCCAAGAACUAUCAACCCAAGUCUUCAGAAGCCAACUACAUCCAACCUGGGAAACGUUCUGUGUCCACUUCGUGUCCUACCAUUGUGGUGAAUAAGAGUGGUAUUGUAAGGAUGGUUGUGGGUGCAUCGGGUGGUUUGAGGAUAACAACUGGUGUACCAACGGUAAGAGGGAUUUUGCACACGGCUUCACAUUAUUACACUGAAACGAGUAUAACUGGAACGCUACCUUCAACUUUUUCUUGAAGCCAAUGACCCCUGCACCCGCGUGUUUAUGCCUUGCGAUUCUCUCGCGUAAUAAUGGACCAUGCAUUCCCCAAUUAACCAAAAUUUUGAUUUAAACAACUCUAGACAAAAAUUCAUCACAGCUUGAAAGAGCAUCACAAAAUUAGUAAUAUUCCAAAGUUUUGUUGCGAAAUGUUGUAAAAUGCAGAUAAUAUAGCCUGGCGAAGUUUGCAAUUUUCAAUCAUUUUAGAUUACAAACGGGAAAUGGUUACCACUUCUGUGCGUAAUACAAAAUGACUGAAAAUUACAAACUUCGCAAGGCUAUAUUAUCCGCAUUUUGCAACGAAACUUUGGAAUAUUACUAAUUUUGUGAUGCUCUUUCAAACUGUGAUGAAAUUUUUGUUUAGGUUAGUUCAGAUCAAAAUUUUGGAAAAGUG